AUGCCCGUGUACGACCCCGAUGCGGUCGCCUAUCUUUUCCCGGUGGAAGGUCAAGGUAGAAGUGGCGCAAAAGUUGCCAUUCACUCAGAGCACAAUGCCGACCUUAUGGUCUCUGCCCGAUCUCGAGAUGGCUCUCCUCCUCCUCCUUCUCCUCAACCGGUCCAAAUCAACGAUCGAUUCGUCAGAGAGGCGACAGAGCAGCCAGACGAGAGCGAUGAAAUACCAGAUGAGCCGUACCUCAAGAUCCCAUUCAGCAAACCCCCCAAGACGACAUCGGGUUAUGUGGCUGGAUGCUCUCUGAACUCGGAUUUGGUUUUGCCCAAGUACAAAGGGGUCAGUUGGUAUCAUUUCGCCCUGACGUUCGAUAACGAGAAUUGCCUAGUCGUGCGAGAUUUGAAUUCCACAGUUGGGACGCGAGUUAUCUACGACACGGAGGCUGGAGAGCGAGGACACGGCAUCGCCUGGAGCACUUGCGGGCCGGCCUUGGCGAAAGGCAAAGCGCCAAUCAUCAAGGUCGUAGGCGACCUCCAAUUCAAACUCGUCGUCCCGAAUCACGACAGAACCUCCAAGGCCUAUCUCGACAACGUCGCCCGGUUCCGCAAGGGAAGCACAACUGCUGAUGAUCUCUUUCACGACCUCAAGCUUCUCACCCGCACGCAGACGGAGCUUCCCACUCCCACAGGGGAGACCGAUACACCAGGAGUGAAGGCCCCUGGCCCAAUGUUCUGGAAACAGGCGCUGGGGAAAGGUGUGUUUGCCGUGGUGCAUUACGCCUGGGACGUGACGACGAGACGAGAGUACGCGCUGAAAGAACCUCGCAAGGACAGAGGCUUCGACAAGGACGCGUGGGCAAAGGAGGCCGAAAUGAUGAAGGACAUCUCUCAUGACCACAUCGUGAAACUGAAACACGCAGUUUUCGAUGACAACGAACCGCACCUAUACUUCGAAUUUAUCCCCAAAGGCUCUCUGGAUCGCUAUCUAUCAGUCAUGACGACCUUUCACAGCGAGAAUAUCGCCAUUCAGCUGCUUUCCGGCCUCGAAUAUCUCCACACACAAGAAAUACCUAUUGUGCAUCGAGACAUCAAGCCGGAGAACGUCCUAGUUCAAACAUGGAGCUCUCAUGACGUCUGUGUCAAGUUUGCCGACUUCGGCUUAUCGAAACAGGCAAGCAUCUUGAAGACAUAUUGCGGCAAUCUUGCCUACGGAGCUCCGGAGGUGUACUGUCUGCCGAAGGACCCGACAUACGGUCCACUGGUCGAUAUCUGGUCUCUCGGGGCUUUGAUAGCCAGGCUGGAAUGUGGCGAGUUGCCUCUGUACCCAGACCAUUAUAGGACCUCUGGGACACUUUGGGCCGAGGUAUUGGUCGAGUUUGUUCGGGCACACCUCAAGCAUCAUGGCACCAGAAGACUACUCGCCUUUGUCCUGGAAUGCAUGUUGGUGGUCAAGCCAAGUGGCCGCCGGACGGCGCCAGCAUGCCACACCAAGGCACUGGAGUUGUUUGGGAAAGAGACGCGCCAGUGCGACGUGGCAAUUUCGUCCGUGGAAUCCUUCCAGACGACCACUGAUCACUAUGCUCCACCCUUGCGCGAAGAUGACGAAGAGGCUGAAGACGAGAACAACCCAUCCACGCCCAAGGCUUUGCCAGCGGACAGGACUCCCAUACAACAAGAGUAUGGAACAAGCCUCAUUGCCUCCUUGGGCUACGAUGACACUGGCGCCAUUGAUCGCCGGCUCGGGCUGGUGCCGUCGGACAUGUCGGAAUUUGAACGAUCACUUGGGGUGUCGGUGGAGACGGCUCGCGCUGCUGCCGCCGCCGCAUCCAUGGUCGAUGGGGAUCUGUGGUCCGCGCCAGUGGAGAGAGGAAAAGAAGGAGGGGAGGAAGGGGAGGAAGAACAGAAGAUAAGCUUCACGGAGUCAUACAUUGUCAGCGCCAUAUUGAACGACCUCGCCAAUAAUGUGGCUGGAAACACGGCUGUCGAUGGUGGGACAAAGGACAAGAGAACCGUUGUCGAAGAGGUUUUGUCCAGGAAACGGCCGAAGGUAUUGGAGGAUGAUAAAAACUGGGGCCUGGAGUAG